AUGGUUUCCGGUCCUGAAACCAAAUCUGCAAAGAUGCCAUUUUUUCUGACAAACGAAGUACGGCCACACAGCCAAAAUCCCGCUUCCAAUGUUACGCCCCUAAGAAUGGCACAUUGUGGUUAUUACUCGUCCGGCCAACGAUGCCGCCUACCUCUACCAUCCACCCCACAGCCAGACCCCAUAAGUGCUGAAAGUGCGCUACCCGAAUCUUCGAAACUUACAACCCCCUCACCCAUCGAUAAACCUCAAUCCACAGAAUCUACAUCUCAUUAUCUUUCCCCUCCGACUCCACCGCGUAACCAAGACAACAAAAUCCUAUUCCUCAUCCACCGUAUCUUCGAAGUCAACAACCGCGAUACCAAUUUCUUGACUCUCUGGAGACCGCAUCUCGAUAGUCUGGCUUCGACUACCUGUAUGAGAAAUAAAGUUGCGUUGGAAAUGGUCGCAGGUUUGCAAAAGUUGCGGAACCGAGAAGUCAAGUCAGGCAUAUAUAAAUUUGCCUUGGGCAUGUUCUGGGGGCAUCUUUCUUCUUACCUGUUUGGAGUCUCUACUGGGGUUGGCUUGGCUGUUCUGAUAGUUUAUGGGGUGAUUUCUUGGAAAGCUUGGCAUGAGAUUUGGGAUGAGGAGAGUUUUCUCAAUUUGUACGUCUAG